UUCCACUUCCCCUUCAACAAAUCCUCCGUGCCUCUCCGAUCUGGGUUGCCCAAUCGGCCCAGAUUGAUCGUCUGCCAUGACAUGGCUGGUGGCUAUGGUGAUGACAAGUGGAUCCAAGGAGGGACUAAUCCAGAUGCGUAUUCGAUAUGGAAUUGGUAUUUGAUUGAUGUCUUCAUCUACUUUUCGCACAGUCUCGUGGCGCUUCCACCUCCUUGUUGGACCAACACGGCUCAUAAGCAUGGUGUUAAGGUGUUGGGGACUUUCAUCACAGAAUGGGAGGAAGGGAAGCGUGUAUGCAAUAAAUUGCUGUCGACAAAGGAGUCUGCUGAGAUGUAUGCCGAGCGCUUGGUGGAGCUUGCUGUGGCUUUGGGAUUUGAUGGAUGGCUGAUCAAUAUGGAAGUAGAAUUGGAGUUGGGCCAAAUUCCUAAUUUGAAAGCAUUUGUCAGCUACUUAACCGAGAGAAUGCAUUCCGCAGUCACUGGAUCUUUAGUGAUAUGGUAUGAUAGUGUUACAACUGACGGUAAACUUAACUGGCAAAACCAACUAAAUGAAAAGAAUAAACCAUUCUUUGAUAUAUCUGACGGAAUUUUCGUGAACUAUACAUGGGAGAAAAAUUAUCCGAAGCAGUCAGCUGUUGUUGCAGGUGAUAGAAAGUUUGAUGUGUACAUGGGAAUCGAUGUAUUCGGAAGGGGCACUUUUGGUGGUGGACAAUGGAAUACAAGUGUUGCACUUGAUGUGCUGAAAAACGAUGGUGUGUCAGCUGCCAUAUUUGCUCCUGGAUGGAUCUAUGAGACUAAUCAACCGCCGAACUUCCAGACUGCUCAGAAUCAUUGGUGGACCCUUGUGGAAAAAUCAUGGGGAAUCACACAGAAUUAUCCUAUUGUUCUUCCAUUCUAUUCAAAUUUUGAUCAGGGUCAUGGAUACCAUGUUUCUAAGGAAGGAAGGCAAGUAUCAGAUUCUUCUUGGUGCAACAUUUCUUCCCAAAGUUUUCAGCCUUUGCUUCCGUUUACCGAUAAUUCGGCUCCAGAUGGUAUUGAAGUCCAUGUUGAUUUCAGGGAAGCAUCUUAUAGUGGAGGAGGAAACAUCACUUUUAAAGGAAACCUCAAAGACAAUGCUGAUUUCACUGCAAGGCUCUUUCAAGGACAUCUUCUUUUAGGGGACUUGCCUCUUCACUUCACAUAUUCAGUGAAAUCGGAGAAUAAUUCUCGACUAGGCCUUUUUCUUAGUUUUGUUUCUACGCUAAACAAAAAAAAGUCGGUACUUCUUGUAUCCUGGAAUUCGCACCAAUUCUCAAGCAAAUUUGGUACAGUGAUUAGGACACGUCAACUUGAAAAACCAGGAACUGCCCCUGGAUGGGUUAUAGAGGAGAGUAGCAUCAGAAUGAAGGGACACAUACUAACUGAAAUACAUGCGCUGUGCUACAGGUCAAAGCCUGAGUUUGAUGAAAGGAUCCCGAAAUCCAAAUCUAGCCAAGAUGAUUCUUGUGCUCAUAAUUCAACGGAGUACUAUGCAGUGCUUGGUCAUAUUUCAAUGAAAUCUUGUGGACAUAAUUCAGUUUUUCCACCUUCCGAUAUGUGGCUUGUCCAAGGUCAGUACAUCCAAUGGACUACUGGAUCUGAGGAUACCAAGUACCUUAGUCUUAAGAUCACUUGGAAAAUGAAAGAUGGGAAUGAUUCUGAAUUCUCAACUUAUAACAUUUAUGUUGAGAAACUAGCAGAAGGAAAACUGAAAGGGGAACAAUCCUAUCUUGGAGUGGCUAGAGUGGAAGCAUUCUAUGUUUAUGACCUAGCAACUUCUUCUGACACUUCUAGCAUCAAGUUUAUCAUUCAAGUGUGUGGUGGUGAUGGGAGUAGCCAGAAACUAGAUGAUUCUCCGGUUUUUCUGUUGGAUACUGCAGAACCCUGGUACAUUGGCUUGGCCGGAACCGGUUCAAACGUCGUCGUCUUCGUGCACAAAUUCCCAGAAGUCUGCUACUCAUGGCGCCACCAGAUGACCUCGGAAUUCAUCACCAUGCUUCUCAAAGCUUCUCCGGUGGCCUCGUCUCAGUUGCUCACUCGCGGCGAGAGCCUGCUGGCUCAUCCGUUCACCUCUCCUCCUCCAUCGUCGUUUCCCUCCUCGGUUUCCUACUCCGCCGCUCCUCUGAACUCGUCGACGUCUCUGUUUUUGAGUCUCCGGUCGUCUCCGGCGGUAUGCGCGGCGUCGAAGAGUUCGAACAGCCGUCCGUUGACCGGUGUGUUAUUCGAGCCGUUUGAGGAGGUGAAGAAGGAGCUUGAUCUCGUUCCUACUCUCCCUCAGGUCUCUCUGGCUCGCCAGAAGUACAGCGAGGAUAGUGAGGCCGCUGUUAAUGAACAGAUCAAUGUGGAGUACAAUGUGUCGUAUGUCUACCAUGCCAUGUAUGCCUACUUCGACAGGGACAAUGUCGCACUCAGGGGACUUGCCAAGUUUUUCAAGGAAUCAAGUGAGGAAGAGAGGGGUCAUGCUGAGAAAUUGAUGGAGUACCAGAAUAAGCGUGGUGGAAGAGUGAAAUUGCAAUCAAUACUGAUGCCUGUCUCUGAGUUUGAUCAUGCUGAGAAAGGAGAUGCUUUAUAUGCAAUGGAGCUUGCAUUGUCUCUGGAAAAACUGACAAAUGAAAAGCUGCUCAACUUGCAGCAUGUCGCUGACAAGAACAAAGAUGUGCAACUAACUGAUUUUGUUGAAAGCGAGUUUUUGGCUGAGCAGGUGGAGGCAAUCAAGAAGAUCUCAGAAUAUGUUGCUCAACUCAGGAGGGUUGGCAAAGGACAUGGGGUUUGGCACUUCGAUCAGAUGCUGCUACAUGAUGAGGUUGCUGCGUAAUGAAUCCAUCAUCAUCAUCUUUUGUUCAUGGUUACCAGUACGAAGCCGGCUUCUGAAGCUGUCUUACUGUUUCAGAGAUUUUGACCCUUUGUUGGACCUUCUGGUAGUUUAAGAGAUGAGGAUAUGUUGAAAAAAAAAAAAAACAAUUUAGUCUAAGUCGGUUAAAUGCAUCAUAUGAACUUAUUAUGUUUCUUUUAAUCAAUGCUUCAUCCUUUACUGCUUUGUCCUUACUGAUGGAAGUUGGCAUUUGUUCUUUUAUAUUGGUUAAUGGAAAAAGCUCAUGAAACCCUAAAUUGCC